CCCGCCUCCUCCUCCUCCAUCAUGUGACCCUGGCGGCUGUUCUCUUUCUUCAGAGCCCCCUCCCUCCACCUGUUCCCGGCGCGUUGGAUGCUGGAAGCCAAGAUGGCGGCGGAGCUGGUGGAGGCGAAAAACAUGGUGAUGAGUUUCCGAGUCUCGGACCUCCAGAUGUUGCUCGGAUUUGUCGGCCGGAGCAAGAGUGGCCUCAAACACGAACUGGUGACUCGGGCCUUGCAGCUGGUCCAGUUUGACUGCAGCCCGGAACUGUUCAAGAAGAUCAGGGAGAUCUACGAGACGCGCUACGCUAAGCUCUCCGAGGUAGGCCAGCUGCCCCCGCCGCUGCAGCAGACACCACAGCAGCAACAUCGACCUCCCGCCGAUGCUCUCUCCAUUCAUUCUUCCUACGACCGCAGCAACCCGGUCACCAGAACUGCUCUCUCCUCCCCCAACAUUGACUAUCCUUCCUUGUAUGGGAAGUACUUAAACGGACUUGGGCGAUUACCUGUCAAACCAGUGAAGCCCGAGGUCCGGCUGGUGAAACUGCCCUUCUACACCAUUUUGGACGAACUCUUGAAGCCCACUGAGCUCGUCCCGCAGAACAACGAAAAGCUCCAGGAGAGCCCCUGCGUCUUCGCCCUGACGCCGAGGCAAGUGGAGCUGAUCCGAAAUUCCAGGGAGUUGCAACCUGGCGUGAGAUCGGUCCAGGUAGUCCUCAGAAUCUGCUACACAGAUACCACUUGCCCUCAGGAAGACCAGUACCCUCCAAACAUUGCUGUGAAAGUGAAUCAUAGUUACUGUUCUGUCCCGGGCUAUUACCCCUCCAACAAGCCGGGCGUGGAACCCAAGAGGCCUUGCCGUCCCAUCAACCUCACACACCUCAUGUACCUGUCUUCCGCAACCAACCGCAUCACUGUCAUUUGGGGAAAUUACGGAAAGAGCUAUUCCGUGGGCCUCUUCCUAGUGCGGCAGAUGACGUCGGCAGAGCUGCUGCAGAGGUUGAAAACGAUCGGCAUCAAACACCCGGAGCUGUGCAAGGCACUCGUCAAAGAGAAGCUACGCCUGGAUCCAGAAAGUGAAAUCGCCACCACUGGUGUCAGAGUAUCUCUCAUAUGCCCGCUGGUGAAGAUGCGUCUGUCAGUACCGUGUCGGGCCGAGACCUGCGCCCACCUGCAGUGUUUCGACGCCGUCUUUUAUCUGCAGAUGAAUGAGAAGAAGCCCACUUGGAUGUGUCCUGUGUGCGACAAGCCGGCUACUUACGACCAGCUGAUGAUUGAUGGGCUGCUGUCGAAGAUCUUGACGGAAUGCGAGGACGCAGACGAAAUUGAAUAUUUGGUGGACGGCUCCUGGUGCCCUAUCAAGGCAGAGAAGGAGAGAAGCUACAGCCCUCAGUGUCCCAUUUUAGUUGUGGGUGGAUCCACAGGAGGAACUUCAGAUGUCAAUGGGGUGCCGCCCCCUGCCCCCAGCGUGGAGAAUGGCAAGGCCCCCGCCGACGUGGUGGAUUUGACACUGGACAGCUCUUCCUCCGAAGAAGAGGAGGAGGACGAGGAGGAGGAGGACGAGGAUGAGGAUGGAGGGCCCAAGAGGAAACUCCCCUGCCUCUACAAGAACGGCUUGGCCUCUGCCUGCUGACUGCAGGCAGCGCUCUGGGACCUCCGCAUGGAAAAGCUUGAAUACCUUUGGUGCUUACUCAGACGCGGGAAGAGGGGCUUUUUUCCUCCCCGCCCCGCCAUCUCCUCCUCCUCCAAAGCUGCCCUUUGACUUCCCAGUUCCAAGUUGAGAGGCUCUUUUUUUUCCCCCUCUUAAAAGAUGAUUCAGGGCGAGGGCGGCAACAGGUUAAAGCUACCGCAUGGCUGGAAGGAGCCUUCUGGCGAACCAGUCCCUGGCUUGGGCCUUUGCCAGCUCAGCUUGAUCCGCUUUCUGGAACAGGGGACUCGUGUGCCUCCCUCACAGGCAUCCUGUUGGGAAUUGACUCUCCUUCCCCUGCCACCUCUAAAUUUCACCCCACUUUGGAUAAACAGGCGCCAGUUGCUUGGCACUUGUCCAGACAUCAGCGGGCAACCUGAACUCCCGUGGCUCUCCAAAGCGGCGCACGUCUUUCCAGUUUUUUGCCUUGUUCGACGACCAUUCCUGACUGCUUUUCUGUCCUUGCGCUUUCUCUCGCAUGCGUGCAAAAUACCUUGCUGGACAUUUCUAAGGGAGCGCCGUGCGACUGUUGCCCCUUGCCGUUAACACUGGGAGGCUUCUAGAACUGGCAUGUUUCCCAGUUGGGGUCCUUGUCGUCUGUCUCCCCCCCCCCCAAGGAAAUAGCUGUGAGGUGAGGGAGGGCAGUGCGGAAAGACUCGGCAGAGAAUGAGAUGGCUCAUCUCAAUCCAGAUGGCUUAGAAUGGCUUGGAACAGCUGGGAGAGAGAACCUCAUGUAAAACAAAAAACUCUUUUUAGCUUCUCCUGGAGAUAAUGUAGAAUUCUUACAUACUGAUUCCCUGUCCCUCCCCCUUUUUUUAAUUUGAACAAAGCCAUGGGGGGAGGGGGGUGGAAACAGGGAGGGGUCGGAAUGCGGAAUGGGCUUGAACCACAAACCUGUUGUCUCUCUCUUUUUUUUUUAAGUGCAAUAACUUGGUGUGUUUUGGAAGACGGAAAGGGCUGCGCCCCCCCUCCUUUAUUCUCACCAAGGGCUUCAUCUCGAGUCAGGUGUGUUGGGGAAACAGAACAGCUUUUUUUUCGUGAUGGGGGGGGGAACGCUGGCCCUUCCAGAACAAAAAAUGCCAGGUGGAGGAACUCUGUUUAUUUUUUUCGCUCCUACCCAACUACCUCGGUUUUUUUAAAACAAAAUAAUUCAGGUGUUGUUCAGUCGUGAGACGGUGUGGGGCAGCAUGCAGGCGACUGUUGUGGUUUUUUUAAACAAAGGAAAAUUGCCUAUGGACUUCCAGCUGCUGUGCUGCAUCUCCCCUCUUCUCCCCCCUCCCUGGUGCCCCGAAUGUUCUGUGCGCGUGUGUAUCUUGUGGACCCUUUUAGAUAUGACCCCCACACACCCCUGCUCUGCCUGGCCAUGGAUAGCUUUGUCCCCUAAUCCCUAACACCCUCCUCCCCACAAUAACCUGAUGAGGAUGACCAAGGAGAAGCAGCGUACGGUGGCUCGGGGUGGGGGAUGAGGCUUAAUUGGAUCUGUGGCCAGGCAGAUAGGAAUGUUGGAGUUAUGGCUAAGACUGUGCUAAGUGGGGCUCUUAUUGCAUUCUCACCCCCCCAAAAAAAGCCUGUGACGUGCACCUCCUCCGUUGCCUCUCUCCCACAGAGCUGGUAGAGCUUUAGCAACCACCGAAGGUCCACGUCAGUUGCGCUUCCCUCCAGUGUUGCAUUUCUUGACGUUGGGUCUCUGUCUUGCUGCAGGACCUCUCCUGAGUAGUUGGAGAAGACAGACACUUCUUCCAUGCUCAGCUGGCUCACGACAAAAAAGUUCCUUUCAGUUGUUUGGCCCUUCCCCUUCCUGCUUGUCCCCCGUCGAUUUUGGUCCCACAGCUGUUGAAAGGGCUCUUGCAAGAACUCUUGGCUUAAGCAGCACCGAGGGGUGGAGGUGAGAGCUGGUUGGCCAAAAAGCCCCCAUCCCUUUCCCUGCGGAAGUCGAAGGGACGCCGGUGUCUGUCGGCAGACUCGCCUGGGUCUUCCGCAUCUUCCGCUUCCCCCACUUGCUGCUCUUUCCCCACCCCUGGUUAACUGUUUUUUUUUUCUCAGUCAAACAUCUCAAAGUUAAGCAAUAUGUUUGCAGUUUUUAAAUAUGUGCACACAAAACCUUCAGAUCCACUGAAGAUCUAUAAACUUCCCUUGUAUGGGAUUGUCGCUUGCCUCCUUGGCCCCACUCUCAAUAUUCUAAUUUAAUUGUGGGUUUAAGCUACUCUGGCUUCCCUCUUUUUUUUUUCUUUCUCUCCAUUCUGUACAUAUAUUUUUACUUAUAUCCCUGCCCUUUUUCUGUUUGCGUGUAAAGAAAGUGAAUUAUUUUUUUUCUUUCCUUCAGUACACAUUCUUCAGAAUUCGAAAUUAUAGUGUUUGUUAAAUAAAAUAAAAGCAAAGGUU